AUGGAGUCCGAGGGCCCAGAGGGCCUCCUGGCCCGAGACGCAGCUGGUCUCCGUAUCUGGUCCUGCGUUACGUGCCGCAGGCGCAAAGUCCGCUGCGACCGCGUUGACCCAACUUGCAAGAAUUGCAUGCGGAACGGGAUUGAGUGCCAUUACCCAGUCACCGGCCGGCUUCCCCGGCGCAGACCCGCCAAGGACGACAACGGCAACCGCGCCCAGAGGCAGGAUGAGUUGAUAAGUAGGCUGAGGCGGCUAGAGGCCGUCGUGACCGAGAUGUCUGCUCAAGUCGAGGAGGGAGCCAGGGAGCAGGGGCUCGGGGAAAACUUUUCUUUCCAAGUGACGCCCAGGUCAAGCUCCGCGUCGGCGUCAGCCUCUACGCCGCCGUCGACUGGCGAGGCCUGGCCGAACCCGGUGGACGGCCUCCAGGCCAUUCCGGAAGAUGACCUGGGCGAGGAUUUCGGACGACUGGUUGUCGCCAAGGACGGAGCGCUUCAUAUCGGCCGUCGGUUUUGGACUGUCUUUUGCGACGAAGUUGACAACAUCUUUCGCGCUGUUGAGGAUGUUGAGGAGGGUGCCGAUGAAGGGGGGGCUUUGUAUGGAGGCUCAGGAAGCCGAACAUCUUCUAGUCCGCAAACCUCGUUGGGAUUCGCCUCUGGAUCCUCAUCUGCGGACGACGUAUAUCCAUCACCCUCUCAGAUGCCACUAAUAUGGGACACUUAUAUCCGCAAGGUGGACCCGUUUACAAAAAUACUUCACCUCCCAGAUGUCAAUACUAUAUUCCAGUCUCUCCAGCGGACACCGGUGAAUACGCUCAGCUUGGCGAAUCAGGCACUGGUUGCUGCUAUCUCGUUCGGGGCUAUGGCGUCGAUGGACUCUGACCAGGUGGAAGCCCACUUUGGCCGUCCGAAAUCCGAGAUGGUCCCUGAAUUCAAAAAGACAGCCGAGCAAGCUCUCAUGCGUGCAAACUAUAUGAUGACUAGGGAUAUCACCGUAUUGAGAGCGUUGGUGAUUUACGUCGCCAUCCUCCCGCACAUUGGCUGUGCUGAACUGGCCUGGCCACUUACCGGGCUGGUCCUCCGGCUCGCGAUAUCAAUGAAGCUUCACAAGGACGGGUCGCACGACGAGAGAAUGUCAUUGUUCGAGGCCGAGAUGCGCCGUAGAUUGUGGUGGCACAUCUGCUUCACCGACUCUUGCUCGCGGGACCCGGACAUCCCCCCUGAUCUAUUCGUCACGGAGGCCUUGUUCGACACGAAGAUGCCUCUGCCGAUAGACAGCAAGGAUCUGUUUCUGAUGGACCCGCCACCGCUGCCUAUGGAGUUUAAAUCAGGGGAGGUGACCUUGUGCCUGAUUCGAUGCGAGAUCUGGCGGGCGAUGCGCAAGCUCGAACCUGGGCCGGACAAGCCGCUUCAACUACGUCUCGAUAUUAUCAAUACCUUCCGCACUAGGAUUGAAACGCAGUAUCUCCAGAAAUUGCGGCCUGAUGUCCCGUUUGAUACUUAUAUUCGGACGCUGGCCACACUGGUAUUUUCCAAGAUCGAAGUCGUCAUCUUACUUGAGGGCCUUCGAGACCGAAGACUGGCGGGAGAGAAGGCCGGGACGGUCUCGGACAUCAUUCUCCAGAGCCAAAUCUUUGCAGCAUCACUCAGCGUAGUUGAAUCAGUGCUGACGCUUAAAACGCGGAGGGAGUACGAGGACUGGAGGUGGCAUGUUCACGGCCACGUCCCCUGGCAUACGAUGGGCAUCAUCCUCCGUCACCUGUAUCGCCAGCCGUGGGGGGCGGUGCCCGAGAGGGCCUGGGCCGCCACCAAAGCCAUGUUUGAUAGUCUGCCGGAGGAGGCGUCCGCAGACCCUCUGUGGAAGCCCCUGAAUGACUUGAUCACGAAGACUGCCCUCUACCGCCAGCAGUGCUCCUCGGGCAUCUCGCGUUGUGGCGUCGAGGAGGGACCGUUGUAUGAUCCCACGACGUCCAAGAUACUUCAGGAGGUGGCGGUUCAGCACCAGUGGGAGGCUCCGGUGCAGCUCCACCAGCCCAUGGUUGAUUUCACGGCCGACUCUGCUCAUUCGGCCGGCGAGAUGAUGGCCGAUCCUGCUAUUCUGGACACUGAAGGCUGGCAAUCCUGGGCUGGGAUGAUUGGCGUUGGAUCGAUAUUUUGA